CUUUCAUGAGUUAAUUGUGUUGAAAACUUGUGAUAAAAAAUAUUUUAAGAAAGAACAAAAUCAAAUUGAUAUUUUUAAAUUGUGAUAAUUUUGGACGAAAAUGAUUAUUCAAGCAAUUGAACGUGCAUCUUUCUUCGAUAUGUCACUUUUUCUGACAGUUACUCUGAUAAGCAUGAUCAUUUUUGCUAUGUCUGAUUAUUUAAAGAGUGUCGUUUUAGCCUUUCGAGUGCCUGGUCCAAAAGCAUAUCCGAUUAUUGGAAAUACAAAUUUUGCAAUUGAAGGAGAUGUUUUUCAGAAUAGAGGAGUGCCAUUAUCAAGGAUAUGUCCAGGGUUAUUACGUCUAUGGUUCUUUAUCUUUCCUUUUUUUGCAGUUUAUGAGCCAGAAUAUCUUCAAAAAAUUCUGGGUUCAAAAGGAAACACGGAGAAAUCAUUUUUCUAUAAGUUUUUACACAACUUUCUCGGUAAAGGUUUGAUUACAAACUCUGGCACGAAAUGGUCGUCACAUCGUCGUUAUAUUCAACCUGCAUUCCGUAACAGCAUUUUAGAAAAAUUCGUUAAAACUUUUGCCGAAAGUGCACAGAGUUUGAAAGAAAAAAUAAUGAGAGGACCGGAUGUGCUGAAUAUUACACAAUUUGUGAAUGAUUGCGUCCUUGAUGUCCUUAAUGAAGCAGUAUUGGGAGUUCCGAUUUUAGAAAGAGCAACGAAAGGAAAGAACGAAGAAUCACCAUGGAGACAAGGAAAAGUUGUUGUACAAAAUCGUGUUGCACGUCCAUGGCUUAUGUUCAGUUGGAUUUACAAUUGGACAAAAACAUCAUCAGACGAGAUUGAACAAAAAGGUCGCCUUAAUGCUUUUACACGAGAAAUGAUUCGAAAACGCAGAGAGGAAUCUGAAAAUGGAGUAGUUAAGGAAAGAGUAUCUUUAUUGGAAUACAUGAUUGAUAUAAAUAAACGUCAUCCUGACUUUACUGAUGAAGAUAUUAUCGAUGAAACUUGUACGUUCAUGCUUGCGGGACAAGAUUCUGUAGGAGCAUCCUUAGCAUUUACUAUGUAUCUCAUUGCACAGCACCCUGAACAUCAGCAGAAGUGCAUUGAUGAGAUUGACGAAAUUUUCGGUAGCGACAACAGAUCACCAACAAUGAAUGAUUUGCAUGAUAUGAAAUAUUUAGAGAUGUGCAUCAAAGAGGCUUUACGUUUGUAUCCUGCUGUUCCAAUUAUGGCAAGAAAACUCGGUGAAGAAGUUAGGUGUGGAAAAUACUUACUGCCAGUUGGCGCAGAAGUUUUUAUCUUGCCUUAUAUAACACAUCGUCUUGAACAUAUAUUCCUUGAUGCAGAAAAAUUUGUUCCUGAAAGAUUUACACCAGAAAAUGUUGAGAAAAGAAAUCCAUAUGCUUUCUUACCAUUCUCAGCUGGACCAAGAAAUUGCAUUGGACAUAAGUUUGCAAUUAUAGAAAUGAAGACAAUCAUAUCAAGAAUUUUAAGAAGCUUUACAAUGCAUACAGUGCCAGGAAAAAGUUUUGAGCCACUUUUUAGAAUAACUUUAAGGGCAAAAGGAGGACUGUACGUACGAUUUGAGCCAAGAAAUAACAACAACAAUAACGAUGAAAAAGUGCAAUAGAAGCUUUUUUUUAAUUCUUUUAUCAAACAACAAAUUAUUUAUUUAAUGUCAGUUUGAAAGACUUUUU